AUGUUCAGGAAAUUGAACAUGAUCUGGGUGGACACCGUGGCGCCGCCCUUGGCUUGUCCCAUGAUCUGCAACUUGGACGACCGACUCGAAACCUUCAAACUUGGGAUACAGGGCAAUGAUUUGCAAUGCUUGGCCGCGGCGGCAUUCCGCCUGGACUUCACGAUCGUGCUGCCCGCGUGGCCGCUCACAUUGAUCAUGCUGCUCUGGCCAAAUACCAGCGCAGAACUUAAUCGAACCACUGGUCCUCGCCAGGCCACGCUCAGGAAUACGAGCAGCCCCGACAUGCACACGAGCGCCACCGACGUGACGCCAACACAAGAGACCAUUGGAUAA